AAUGUAAAAAUGUACUUGACUUAUAUAUAAGUGUGUGUGGUGUUGAUGAAGAAAAAGAAAAUAACACAAACAACAACAAUAAUAGUGACUUAAAAAAGUAACAUCAACAAUGGCAACACAACCUGCUCAUUGCUGAAUUCUGCAGACCCUUUUGUCUCCUCUCUCUCAUAACAAAUACAGAAGACUCUCACACUCUCAGCUCCAAAGGGUCACACAGUAAUCUUAGAGAGAAAGAGAGAGUGAGAGAGAGAGAAUGAGAGAAGGAGGAAGAAGAAGAGGAACAUCAAAGCUGCUAAGAGAAGUAGCAAGGAAAGUUGGAGUUGCAGCAGCAUAUGCAUGUGGUUCAUUCUCUAGAAGAAAAGCAAUGGUGGAUCCAGUUACUAUUGACACCUCUUAUACUCUAUCUGCCACUAUCUCAAAUUCCUCCUUUGUUUCUCCAUCUACAACAAAAAAUUCCUCAGGAGAGAUAAUUGAAGAAAUUGAUUCAAGUAUAACCACUAACACCAACAACAAUGAGCUUCAUAGUAAGAGUUUGUGUGCUAUAUGCUUAGAUCCUCUGAGUUAUCACAGCAAGGGAAGCAGUCCAAGCCAAGCUAUAUUCACUGCUCAGUGUUCUCAUGCAUUCCAUUUUGCCUGCAUCUCUUCCAAUGUCCGCCACGGUAGUGUCACUUGCCCCAUUUGCCGCGCCCAUUGGACUCAGCUCCCUCGCAACCUUAACAACAUUCUAUCUGGUUCCUACGCAUCUAGCAACCAAAGUGAUCCCAUUCUACGGAUCCUUGAUGAUUCUAUUGCCACCUUUCGUGUUCAUCGCCGUUCUAUUCUUCGUACUGCUCGAUAUGAUGAUGAUGAUCCUGUUGAGCCUAAUGACUCGCCUGAAAUUCCCAAGUUAUGUUUCUCUCUUGUACCUAUUCCACCAAAUGCAGCACCUAGUUUCCAUCCAGCUUUGCAAGUUACCAAGCAUGCUUCAUGUCCUUGCCAUCUAUCCCUUAAUGCUUUAUCUUGCAGCUCCUCAUCACCUAUGCAAACACCAUAUAAUUAUAUCAUGUGUCCCUCCUCUAAUAAAGCUUAUCUCUCGGUAAAACUCACAGGCGAACGAGCAACUGACAUAGUCCUAGUUGCUAGUCCCAAUGGACCACACCUAAGGCUUCUCAAACAAGCAAUGGCUCUUGUGGUUUUCUCCCUCAGACACAUUGACCGCCUCGCCAUUGUCACAUACUCCUCGGCUGCAGCUCGUGUCUUCCCCUUAAGACGAAUGACAUCCUAUGGAAAACGCACGGCCCUUCAAGUUAUUGACCGAUUGUUCUACAUGGGACAAGCUGAUCCGGUUGAAGGGUUGAAGAAAGGAAUUAAGAUACUCGAAGACCGCGUGCACAAGAACCCUGAGUCAUGUAUCCUCAACCUAUCAGAUAACCCUACUAGACCAUACCAUGCUAUAAGCAUGGAACUUCCAUCGACACCUAUUCAUAGAUUUCAUGUAGGAUUCGGCUUUGGAACUUCGAGUGGAUUUGUCAUGCAAGAGUUUGAGGAGUUUUUGGCCAAGAUGUUAGGAGGCAUUGUUAGGGAAAUCCAACUAAGAAUAUGUGAAGCCGGUGAAGAAGGUGGAAAUGGAAGAGUGAUAAGAAUUGGAGAGAUAAGAGGUGGAGAAGAAAGAAGAAUUGUAUUAGACUUAGGUGAUUGUAGUCAUGUGUAUGUAGAAUAUAGCUACAUUGAAGGUGAAAUUGAUGAGUGUGUUAGAAGGAAUGGAGAAAGUGUUGUAGGUGUUGGAGAACAUAAAGGUGAUGAUGAUGUUUUAGAAGUUGGUGAAGAGAGUGAGAGUGAGAGGGAUAUGAACACUGCAACCAUAGGUGGAAGGAGUAGCAAUGUUGAAAGCUGGGAUUUUCAUGAUCCUUACAUGGCUAGAAGAUGGGCCAAGUAUUUGCAUGGUUAUAGACUUUGAAAUUCAAACUAUUUUAAUUUAUAAAGAACCAAUUAAUGUAUUCAUUCCUGUGAAGCUAUUAUGUUCUAUCCUCUCAAAUAUACUCAUCUAUUAUUAGUUAGACUUGUAAUGUUAUAGAAUUGGAAAAGAUACACCACACACCAAAAUGUGACAGUGAAGAUUAAAUUUGGUUUAAGCUUAGCAUCACAUAUUAUAUA